AUGGAUCAAUUCAACACCCCGGCUCACCUUACCUCUGUGUCGGGACGAUUUGCAAACGCUACACCUAUCGAUCCCAACUCUCUGGGAACAAGCACAAACACAUUGCCCGUCUCACCGUCCAGCAAGCAGACCAAGAUCACGGAGAAGACCAUCAACAAGAAGGCGGCAAGCAAAAAGACCAAAAAGAUCAAGUCGGUGUUUGCGAGUUUGUAUGAUGAUGCCAAUGAGCAGAAUCGGGAGCAAACAAAAUCAACAGCGCCAAUUUUCCAGAUCUCGCCUGAUGUCGAACAGGUUCAUACUUCUUCAGAUGUGGAGAGCCCGAAUACACAAAAGAGUCCACGCCUGCCUGAGAACGCCGUCCCUGCGGACAUUGCGAGUGCGUCUCCAGACGCAACAGAGGAAGUAGAAUUGAAAAUGGCAAAUGUCACGCUCUCUCCACAGGAAGAGGCCAACACUGGGAUUCGGACUGAAUGGCUGGGCACCAGCCAGUUCUACGUGGAUUCUCUGCUGGAGAUGCAGAGAACUGGAGAUCUCGACGGCAUGAUCAAGUACCGCGAGGCUCUGGUUCACGACCUUGGCCUGCUCUGCUACGACCCGGCCCGCUGGAUUGAACUCGCUCAGGUGGACACCCGUCUCGGCUUCCUGGACAUCGCUGCUGCAAACGCCCACCGAGCUCUACUCCUCGUCGAGGCUGCACUCCAACAGCCCAUCUCAGAGCUUGGGAUGCACGUGUACAACGCCCUGGCAUUCCGACACCCUGGCUCCGACAUCGAGAAACUACAGGAAGAGCUGUCGUACCUCCACCGCCAGGCGUACAUCAUGCUCCUGGUAGGUCUAGGCGGCACGGCUGCCUUCUGGGACGGGCUGGUUGAGGCCAAGAAGGCGCGAAAGCUUUACCCGGACGAUACGGCGAUUCUGGAGUUGCAGGACGAUCUGAAGAGUGGCUUCCUCGACCGCUGCGAGCUGAUGAAGGAGUCCGGUGUUGUUUUCAAGAUCGACAAUCGGGAUCUGCUAGAGCGGACCCGGACGGGCAAGAUCUUUCAGAAGAGGUAUCCUUGGCUUGAUGAUAGCCUCUACCGACGCACACCGGGGACCUUAAGACUGGUCAACGAGCAGUUCCAGGAUGCGUCUAGGGGCUCGUGCGAGAUAAAGGCUGUUGCGUUUGGGGGUGCGAAGCCCAAGGUGGCGAGGGAGGGUGAGGACAUGGGUCCUCUUGGGAUAUUUGCUACUCGACUUAUUGAGAAAGGGGAGCUUGUCAUUCUGGACAAGUCCAUCACCGGGGUAUCGAAUGUGCCGUCGAGCAGCUUCAGGCACUGUGAUGCCUGCCAUGGAAGUCUCGCCAAUCAGUACCUACGGCAGCCCCCGAUCCCUUGCUCUUCAUGCAGGAAAGCUAUCUACUGCAGUCCCGAGUGCUACAAGACUGCAACAGAAGGCUACCACAAGGUACUCUGCGGACACGAUCUCGACUGGGUCUACGAAACCCCCUCCCCAGCAAAGCCGGAGAAGAGGAAGGGUAUCUAUAUAGGAUCCCGCUGGAAGUCAGCCCUCUUCCUCCGCAUCAUCGCCAUCAUCCUCGCCGACCAGCAGUACAAAGGCCACCCCCUCCAACACCCCCUCAUCGCGCGCGCCACCGCCAACUACCCCCCGCCAACCAAGGUGCCCACAGCCCAGGACAUCAACUACGAGUGGCACUACUUCGAGAACGUCACCGCCCCGGCCAAGAUGCUGCAGCAGCUCGGCGUCAACAUCUUCCGCGACGCCGCCUGGACGCCCGAGGUCAUCCAGACGAUUCUCUGGCGCCUGGAGAACAACGCCGACAUGGCAGCGACGACGCUCGCCGGCGCCACAUGCCGUAUGAUGAACUUCAACACCCGCUUCCUCUUCCUGAACCACUCGUGCGAGCCCAACACGUCGUGGCACGGCGCGCCCCCCGACGGCGCCGUCGACAUCCAGUGGCUCCAGGGCUACGGCGGCGAGGUCUUGCAGCCGGGGUGCAGCGCCGUGUGGUGCACGGCGGCCCGCGACAUCCUGCCCGGCGAGGAGCUCAAGAUCUCGUACAUCGGUGACCCCCUGGGCGAGGCGGGCACUAGCGAGGAUGUCGAGGGGGGGAGGCCUGGCAAGCGCGCCUGGUUGGAUAAGUGGUUUGAUCGAGGCUGUGGGUGUCGCGUGUGCGAGGCGGAGAAUGUUAAUGAAGAGCGGAUCGCGGAGGAGAUGAGAGGGCUGGAGGAGAUACUCGGGCUUGGUGGCGACCAGAUGGUUGUCUGA